AUGCGAACGUUUUGGGAAAAAGAAGCUGGUUCAAUUCAUCGAAGAGUUAAAACGGAAGAAUUCGAACGAAGCGAAGAGGCCGCACCGGCCGGGCCUCUGCCGCGUGACCGGAUCGUUCCGAGCAAAAACCUCAACGACACCACUGUACAAAAACCGAGCCCACUCAAGUUCCAAGUUUUCCAUCCAAGUGGUAACUGGUACGGCGUCAGCAUUAGUGAUGAUGUCAGAUUGAUGGAUGAACCGGCGAUGACAAUGCGGGAACGAACAGAUCCCCCUUUGCUUUCAUACACUUUUUGUUCAGCGCUGGGGCGUCUCAAGUAA